AUGACGAAAAAGAAAAAUGCUAUCAUCAUAGCUUCAAGUCACGGGAACGAACCUUUAGUGAGACUACUAAUUGAUUUUGGGGCAAAUCUCAACAUUAGAAGAGGAAAAUGGCGUGGGCCUCUUCACGCCGCAGCAGCGGCAGGUCACCAAGAUGUUGUGGAGCUCUUAUUGAAAAGUGGAGCCAAGAUAAAUGACCAAUCCAAUCCUGAAAGAAUUCCCCGUUUUGACCCUGCCUCAAACGGUUACAACAAUAUUUUGGAGCGCUUCUCGAAAAACGGAACCCAUGUAAGCAAAAAAAGAUAUGGAGGAAGUAGUGUGCCAACCAAGGCUGCCUCGAACCCCGAAGAAGCACUGGUGAGGUACUUGCAGAACGGUGGAGCUCAGGUAGACAAAAGAAUAUAUAAAAGAAGUACCGCGCUCAUCGAAGCUGCGUCAAGCGGUCACAAAAAUGUUGUGGAGCUCUUGCUGGGAAACAGAGCUGAGAUGAAUGACAAAUGCAAUGGCGAAAGUACCGCGCUCAUUAAAGCUGCCUCGAACGGCCACGAAGAUGUUGUAGAGAUCUUGCUGCAGAGCUCAGGUAAAUUCUACCAGUUUCAAUGGCACUGCGCUACAUGCCGCAUCACGUGA